AAAGGGCAUAUAAAGUCCUGGAAAGCGAGAGCCGAAGGGAGGCAAAGAGGGGAGCAUCUUUGCAGCCUCUCUCUUUCUUUCUUUCUUUCUCUCUCCAUCCAGAUCCAAGGCCAAGCCCCGGGGGUCCGACUAGAUGCCCUCAUGGCGGCCCCGGCUCUCCUGCGCUGGGCACUGGCCUGGGCGCUGCUCUGGGCUUCGUCCGCCGCCUGGUACAAGCACGUGGCCAGCCCCCGGUACCACACUGUGGGGAGGGCUUCGGGGCUGCUGAUGGGGGUCCGGCGCUCGCCCUACCUCUGGAGGAGAAACCCCCCCGCCCAAGAACAAGGGGGGCAGGAGCAGCCUCCCCUCCUGGGAGACCCCGGCCCGCCGCCCCCGCCGCCGGGGAUCCGCCUGAGCUCCGCCCGGGAAGGCUUCCCUUGGGCUGGGCAGAGGGCCCCCUGGAAGACCAGGAAGGGGGCUUGGGGGUGGGCCGCCCCAUGGAGCCCCCCGGAGCAGCAGCAGCGGAGGAGGAGGAACCCCCGACCUCACGGAGGAGAGGAAGGAAAGGAGGACAGAAUGUUUGAGCUCACAAUCUGAGGCAACGCAAACCUGUCCAGCAGAAGGGAUGCCUGGAAAACCACACACGAAUGGCCCCGGGAACAUGGUCCCCGAAUGGAACCCCCUCUCCACCUCUUUGGACUCAUGCAUUUCAAUCCACUUUCCAGGAAGAAGCAGAGCGACUGCAAAACCCAUCGCCCUCCCAGUUCUAGGAUGCCUGCAGAUAUUUUGAAACUUCACCAAAAAAAUGUCAGAAUGCAAAACGGAAAAUGCUCAUUCCUCUCCUCCUUUUUUUGAAGCUCAGGCGGAGAAUAAAGCAAGGAAACGCAUGAUGUGGGGCUCUCAUUUCCAAUCCCUCUUGUCGCUUCUCUGCAAUUUCAUGUUAUUUAUCCCUUCCCCGGGGGAGGCCUUGCUAAUUAAAAAUGAAAUUUAAUCAACGGAA